AUGAACGACGAGCACAAAAGCUGCAUUACUGCGUUAACCGCACUCUCGUCAUCUGUCUUGACCCUCAGUUCCACUCUCGCCUUACAUGAAGUCAAAGAUCUCGAGCAGGAAGCGCGCCGCAUCUUGGCAGCCGUGCAGACCGCCUACAACGCCCACGCACGCAUCGACAAGCUCCUCAACGAGGUCUUCGGGCGCAUCUUCUUACUCUCGCAGCCGCACUACGACGACUUCCUCCCGCAGGGCGCUUCCACGGGCCGCCUGCAGGCAGUGGCGGCUGGUGGCGACCUCGUUUCUUGCGCUAUUUGUCGCGUGCUUGACGCUCCUGCUCCGAACCUGCGCAGUCUAUCGAUGCACAUCAGAGAUGAUUCCCCUACUGGGCGUUAUUCUGCUCGCGGCUCCCAAAAGCUCUUUGGGGGGAAUCUCCCUUUGCUGCGCAAGCUUGCCGUUAUGUCGUUUCCUGCCUGGGAAUUGAUGAACAUCUCGGGUCUUAGCCAUCUGGCUAUAUGCAACGCGCUUGGCGACGACAUUCUUCCGCUUCUCCAAGCUUCACCAGAGCUUGAGGAGCUAGUUUUGGCUGCUGUAUCCUUUCAUGGUAAACCGCCGCUGGUUAUAAUCGGCGGCCAGCCGCUUGCCCUACACCGGCUUCGCAUACUACAGUCCACUUCACCGCGUGGCAGAACGUUACCUUUUCUCUCCUGCCUCGAGAUACCACAGGAAUGCGACGUUCGACUGAACCUUGACAAUUUGAUCAAAGGCCCUCUCGCAGCAUAUCUACCUUCCCCGCCAUCUUUCUGUCCGCUAGGAAAACCCGUGCACACCGUGCAAGUGCACUCUACUUUGACGCGUUCGGACGAUUGGCUCGCUCUUCACCCCGGAUAUAUAUAUGUGCGAGGGUACUUUGACCUCGAGCGUCUUGUCGGCAUCACGGACAGCCAUACGACGUUGGUGCUCAUGAUGGUUCACGACCACCACAACACGGUGGAAACCUGGAGAGGACUUCUCUCCAGCAUGCCGCAGCUUCGCGCGCUGGAGGUACACGGCGGCGCGGAGAAUGUCAACGACAUUCUCAGGGCGCUGUCUACCGAGACGGACGGCCCCAGCCCUCUUAUAUGUCGCCACCUCGACACACUUCAUCUGUACGUGGAGCGCAAGGAUGCGGAGGUCGCAUCCUCGGCGUGGCAAACGGUCUGUCUGCGCGCGGAGAAGGGCGUACCUCUUCGCGAGGUCGUUGUGCAGCUUAACGGGUUGCCGGUCUCGAACUGCUGGCAGUGUAUAGAGGCGAUCCGGCACACCAUGGUCCUUGAUUCGUCGGGUAAACCGACGUGUAUGAGGUUCGAGACUACGUGGCGGGACUCUGCGCAAGUGGCGCAGGAGAUGGUUGAUGCGGCGAAGCCACUCAGACUAGCGGAUGGAUCGGAAUGGGCCCGAGUGGAGGUCAAGCCCGAGGACGCCAAGAAGGCCGCUGAAAAGGACGAAGAAGAGAAGGAAGAAGAUGAAGAAGACGAAGACGAGGAGGAGGAUGAAGACGAUGAGGAGGAUGAAGACGAUGAGGAGGUUGAAGACGAUGAGGAGGUUGAAGACGAUGAGGAGGUUGAAGACGAUGAGGAAGAUGAGGAUCAAUAGGAACUAUGCGUCUGGACAGUCUAGGGGCUCAGUUAAUGUCGACCAAGCGUACCAUGCAUGCGCACAUCUUUUCCAC